UGUCUAACAAAAAAGAUACAGACACAUAAAAAACAAUUUGUUGUUAAUUUAAAAGCUUUCUUUUCAAAUUUUUAAUGUUUGAUUUUGAUAAUUAAUUAAUUUAUCAAAUAAUUAAAAUACUCAAAUAUUAAAUCCGAAAUGUUUUAGAAGGCUGUUACAACAUUAGUUUUUGCUUUAUUAGCAAUAAAAGGUAUUACUUUCAUUAAUUUUGAAUAGUAAUCAUAAACAGAGCUCUAUACCUAGUCAUGGAAUUUAUCAUUGACUAGAAUCAACAGUCUUUAGCAAGUUGUUUUGGGUGAACAAAAGUUUGAUAUGACUAAGUAUCAAUUAGUAAGCGAUUAAGCUCAAAAGCAAUUUAUGGUCAAUGUAGGUUUAUUCUAUAUAAUUGCAGGUUUCUCAAUUUAAUACAGAGCUGUAUUAUUCAGAUAUUUAUCAGGAUUGAUAUUUAUGAUCAUUUUCUUUGUUUACGGCAUUAACAAGAAAUAAUUCGAAACCAAUGAAUAUCUUGAAAAAUAUUAUCAUUUUGCUCUUUCUUUGGUCUUUUUCUUCUAACAUUUGAUUGAACCUAAGCUAUUUAGUGAAAAAAUGGUUUAUAAAUUACUUGAUGACGAAAAAGAAAGAAUGCUUAAAUAAAUUGAAGCCAGCAAAGUAAAGAAAGUUAAAAAGAAUAAAGAUAAGCAAGAUUAAUAAGAAACCAAAGAAGAAACUCAAAAAAGAGAUAUCCUUUAAGAAUAAUAGAAUUAAAAAGAAGAAGUUUAAUAAGAGGAAGAAUAGGAAGAAGUUGAAUCCAAGAAUUAAGAUGCAGUAAAAUCAGAUAAGAAAGAAGUCAAUAAAAAAGAAAGCGAUGAUGAUAAUUAAUAAGAAGAAAAAAGAAAGUUUUAAGUUGAUGAAGAUGGUUUUUCUGUUGUCCCUAAAAAGAAUAUUAAAAAAGUGUAAGAAAAUAGAAAAAAUGCUAAAGAGAAAAAGAAAUAAAUGUAUGAUAUUUGA